GGCAUUGGAACGGAUCACUACAGCUGGCAACAAAGAGUGCAAUCACACUCCCCUGAAACAAGUACAUCAUCGAUAUUAUUUAUCCUUGUUUCCUGUUCCACAUCCUGCAGAUAUGCGCGGCCACCUCCACCGGCCAGGCUCUCAAAUUUCGUGACAGCGAAACUGCCAUCGAGCAUCCUACUCUAUCGAGAUCACAACAUCCUCCCUGUACAUAGUCCUCUCCCCGUACCCUCGCAUCCUUUGAACGGCCACCGUCACUCGAGGGCAAACAGUCCCAGCAUAUUCCCCCGUCUUCUUUAUCCCAUUGCCGCAUUCAUCGAAAACAAGCGUGCGUACGCCGAAAUAAUGAGGAGAUGAACACAUUUUCCAUACCAUACACGGACGAAUCGCUGCAUGGUCCUUGCACACGUUGGUGCUAUUCACUCGAGCCUACUGAACGGCGGACCCUAAACCAACCUACACCCUUGCUGCUAGACGUUGGUAUCUAAAAUCCAGAAGCAGUCCCACACUUGUCCGGGCCGACUGGCCAGUGAUUGUGACAGGAUGGUCCUCUCCUCGCCCAUUCGCAGAGCGCUCGUCGUUGCCAUCCUCCUCCUGGCUCUCUUCUUCCUGCUUAAGUCCUCAGUCUCCGAGUCUACAGCAGAGCCAUCAUAUCCACUCAGUGAUGAGUCGUCCAAGCGGCCAUAUCCACCCCCAAGAGCCCCAAAGAAGGAUGCCGUCGACCAAGCAACUCUUCAAGACGUGGCUUCCAGAUCCCUGAGAGAAAGACUGAAGUAUCAUUUUACAUAUGACAUGGAGGGGAAAUUCCCGGCGUAUAUAUGGCAAACUUGGAAGGUUGGCCCUGAUUCAGGUGAUUUCGAGGGAAGGUUGAGACCCUUUGAGGCGUCGUGGUCAGAGCUACACCCCUUGUUUGUUCACGAACUUGUCACCGACGCAGCGGCGGUUCACCUUAUCAGCUAUCUCUUCGCGUCUGUACCAGAGGUUAUUGAAGCGUACGAAGCCAUGCCUCUUCCGGUCCUCAAGGCAGACUUCUUCCGGUACCUGAUCUUGUUGGCGAGGGGUGGGAUCUACAGUGAUAUUGACACAAAGGCGUUGCAAUCUGCAACCGACUGGCUCCCACAAAGUUUGGACCAGGCCUCGGUGGGCUUGGUAGUUGGGAUUGAGGCCGACCCUGACAGAGCGGACUGGGCGGACUGGUAUGCCCGCAGGAUCCAAUUCUGUCAGUGGACAAUUCAAGCCAAGCCUGGACAUCCCGUUCUGCGAGACAUUGUUGCCACAAUCACCGAGGACACGUUGAAAAUGAAGAGAUCUGGCAAGCUGCGGAAAGGCAAAGCCCCAGAGAAGGGGAUCAUGGAGUUUACCGGUCCCGGGGUAUGGACCGAUGCAAUUUUCUCCUACUUUAACAACAAGGACUAUUUCGACUUCACCUCUCGAAGGUCCAAUGUCUCGUAUUCCGACUUUUUCGGGAUCAAAGAGCAUAAGCUAGUUGGGGAUGUUGUCGUCCUACCAAUCACCAGUUUCAGCCCUGGCGUUGGCCAGAUGGGUGCGGAAGGAGCUGACCAUCCCAUGGCCUUUGUAAAACACGAAUUUGAUGGAUCUUGGAAGCCCGAAAAUGAACGAAUGUGAUUAGCCCGGAUGCUAAUAACAGUCGUCGAGUCAAGGUGAAUGCCCUGUCCUGCAUACGCAGGACGGUAAACCCUCUUCGCCGUCUCCAUUCUCGACCCGCCAUAUCGACGCAGCACACAUCCCCAUGCAAUUAGCAACUAGGUUAGUUGAAGUGCAAGUGCAUUAAGGUCGCGGCAGCAGGUUGAAGGUGAACGACUCAAGCUUUCACGAUAGGUAUUCUAGACGGUCAGAGAGGGCAAACCAAUAACGUGUACGAUAGGAGGUAGUUAUGAAUGUCGACCCGUAUCUCCAGGUCCAGGUGAUAACAAGACACAACGUCCGUGUACUCCAUAAAAUUGGUGGGGCCGAACGCACAUACCGAAUAUUGUUAUUGACUCGAAACGGAAUAUCUAGCGCUAUUCGCAGCGUGUGCUGGUCGAUGUAUUUUACCAUCGAAGACCCUUAGAUCUUACGCUGCUUUCUGCCAGAGAGACACAGAAUGCGAUCAGGUACUUGGAGUGUGGUCACUUUUCCACCUCUUCAUCUGCCACAGGGCUGGAUAUGGAAGGCGGUGCAAAACAUCUGCAAUCCCAAUCAAUGAGGAAUACGAAAUGUGCACUAGAUUCUCGAGACAUGCGAGGGUUUACGGCUGAGAUGUCUGAGGAAGCAAAUAGAUACCGAAAGCAGCAGGGUCAUCGAAAGUUGAUAUCUCACUAAGCCUCAUGGGUGACCCUUCUCUUACAGAUCGCAGCCCCACCUGCGUGACACUCGAUCCGGACGGGUGGCCUCAUAUUGACCUAGAUGACCAAGGGGAAUGAAGAUGUCUUGUCCAAGAGGGGAGCAGCUCUAGUUGAUCACCAUCGUAUGAAUACUGUGCCGUGUUGAGGAAGAAGUAUUUCAUACUGGAGAAUCAAUAAAACUUGGC